AAAAAAACGUUUCAAACACAAAAAUGCCGAAUGUCAAAUUUGAAAAUAAUUGACAUUUUGACAUUUAAAUUUCAUACAAAUCGAAGGCGAUUUUCGAGAGAUUCUUUAUUAUUACAUGAAUUUGUUUUGUGCGAAUACAUGGUGAUUAACAUUUAACAAGCUAAAGAACUCGUCACAGGAUAUUUUAGCGUACGUUUUAAUUAUAAUAACCAUGUCUGAUAGGCUUCAAAAUACGUGCAAAACUUCCAAUGAGGCUGUAAUUAAUGACAUCACAAGGGAUUUGGAAACAUCGCUCAAUACUAACGAAAAUACUGAAGGAUAUGUCAUUCAGCCUGGUACUAGUGAGGAACAAUGCUUUUCUACAGAAACAGCGAAAAAUCAUACAGAACUACCCAAAGAUGCAGAAUUCGACGCUGACCAUAACGCAUCAGACAACGAAGAUGACAAAGAAAGCGAUACAGAUUCUAUAGAUGAAGAACAUCUAAAAGAUGACGAGGUAGCACUAACGGAUGACCAGAAAGCAGAAAGGCUGAUCAUGGCCGAGGAAUUGAAACAGGCCGGAAACAAUUCUUACAAAUGUGGAGAGUAUGAGAGAAGUGUAGAGAAAUACACCGAAGGUUUGAGAUUAUGUCCUCUUCAAUUCGACAAAGUACGUGCGAUUCUAUAUUGCAACAGGAGUGCGGCUAGGAUGAAAUUGAAAAAGUAUCAAAAGUCAAUCAAGGACUGCACUAAAGCACUGGAACUCGAUGACAAAUAUGUCAAAGCGUACUUAAGGCGUGCCUCGUCCAACGAGCUAUUGGAAAAGUAUCAAGACGCCUUGAGCGAUUAUGAGAAGGCUCUAGAAUUGGACCCGUCUUUGGAGGAGACCAGGAAAGCCGUGGUCCGCCUGAAGCCGAUCGUGGAAGCCAAGAAUGAGGAAAUGAAGAAAGAGAUGCUGGGGAAACUGAAGGAUCUGGGGAACAUGAUACUGAAGCCGUUCGGUCUGUCCACGGAGAACUUUAAUAUGGAACAGGACCCGGAGACGAAAGGAUACAAAAUUAAUUUUAAGCAAUAAAACCGUGUUGGAUGUUUUUGUGUUUUUAUUUUUACUAGUGGUCGCCGCAGUAGUCGAAAUUCGAUUAUAAUUAAUUGAAGUUAUAAGUUUGAACAUUAUGGUUCUAUUGUCAAAGACUUAUUAUACUUCUAUAAUGAAAGAUUUUGCCAAGACUACACUAUAGACAAAUAAUAUUAAAGGCAAACAAUAUUAAUCUAUUCUCAAUUUGACCACAGGCUUUAAGCAAUAACAAAAGUAUGACAUUAAACAAAGAGAUAUAAUGUUGUGUCAAAUAUAUAGUAGUCUGAGAUUUUUUUUAUUUUAUUGAUUUAUUGUAUUAUUUAUGCAAAAAAAUAUAGCAUUCUGCACUGCCUCUCUAUAUUCUCUAUAAGUGUGGAAAAUUUCAUACUCCUCCGUCCGCGCAAUUUUCGUAAAAAGGUACAAAGUUUUUGCUUCACGUAUAUUCGCCCACCUUGAGAUAUAAGUUGUAAGGUCUCAGUAUAGUUACAAUAGCUACCCAAACCUUUCAAAUCGAAACGCAUUACUUCUUCACGGUAGAAACAGGCAGGAUGGUGGUACCUACCCGUGCGGACUCAGAAUACGUCUUACCACCAGUAAUUACGCAAAUCAUAAUUUUGCGGAUUUGUUUAUUAUUAUACACGAUAUUAUUCCUUCACCGUGGAAGACAAUCGUGAACAUUUGCUAAGUGUACGUAUUUUAUUAGAAAAAUUGGUACCCGCCUGCGGGAUUCGAACGCGGGUGCAUCGCUACAUACGAAUGCACCGGACGUCUUAUCCUUUAGGCCACGAAGACUGUACAAUGACUAACGAACAAUACUAGACAAGAUACUAUUCGGGGUCCGAAUGUUUUUUUCUCCCGUUUUUGUUUUCGGUAUCCAUAACACAGAUAGCUAAGCUUAGUUUGAACUUUUAACAAUUACAUUAUUGUUUAAUAAAGCUUGUGACAGACAAACAGAGAUCGUAGUGUAGCUUCGUGCUCCCUGUGGAUUAUUUGCUUAAUACCAUGAAAACUUUCAUGUUACGAUUGAAAUAUUAUAAAAAAAAAAACAGUCCACGUCAUUUCAAAUUCAGAAAUUGUCAGUUAAAUGUCUUUUUAAUGUUUAAGAAAUUUUAAUUCAGUGUUAUUUUCAAAACAAAAUAUUAACAAAUUUAUUUUGCUAUGAUGCUUAUUUGAGAAGCUGUUUUAUUUUGUAACAAAUUUACAGAGUUUACAAUGGCAAAAUGUCGACGGAGACGCAAAAUGUGCAAAACGUAAGCCAAUGAUGAUUAAGCCUAUUAUAAUUUUGGGAUUGGCACACGAAGGAAUUCGGAUUACAAGCUUGUGAUUGAUACGAAGUGUUAUUUGAUGAAAUAUGGGAAAUUGCCAUACAGAAGAAGCCUCACAGCCUUCACAGCCUCUUAUAUCAGGGCCCGUUGUCGGGCGCUGUCGCAGCCGAAGCGGUAGGUUCAAGCGAUGCCGUUCGGGCGACCGUCGCUAUCGAGUGAGGCAGGCGUGCUGUCGCAAGAGAAGGAGUGUUCGUUGCAGAAGCAGGAGUCGCAGACCACGAUACCAGUGGCGGUGUCGGUCGCGGUCUGGCUCGUUCAAGCGGUGUCGACACUGCGACCGCAAGUACCGUCUCAGGCGUCGCUCGCGCUGAUCGCUUGCAGUCGAAGUUUCUGUGCUGUCCUGUGUACUUUGUGCGACUCGAAAAAUGUUUGACAAAUUGUGGGUGUCUAAUAAAUGACAUUUGUAAUAA